UGGAGGAAGGGGGAGAGUUUCGGAUGUCGAUUGGCUUUUCUAACUCCCUGUCUCGGCUCAGCAGCUGGAGAAAUCCAGGAACGCAGCCUGGUCUUCUGCAGCCCCCUCCGGACGAAGGAAACAAACAUUUACUGGACUUUGAAAGAAAGUUGGCUGUCGGCACAGCUAAAGUCGGCCCGGCCAGCGUGGGCGCUUCUCUUGGCUUCGAGAGGGAGAAAAGGAAAAAUCCGUUUUUUUUCCCUUUCUCUCGCGCUCUUCUGGUCCAGAAAACAAACCGGAGAUGUCUACUAGAAGAUUUGCUGUUUGGUCUGCUUUGAAUCUGGCGACUAAAGGCUGAGUUUGCAUAUUUUUGGAUCGCAUUGGGAAAGAGGGAGGAAAAAAUCUGGAGACUGUAGCCAGUUUUUGAAAUAAAGAGUUGCACACGUAUAGUUGCAAAGCGAACCACCAAAAUCAGAACAGAGACCAUGGAAUAAAAAGACUGCAGUAUUCUUCUAUUUACUUACCUAUAUUCAUUACUUAUAAAAAACUGAUCAAAGGAGCAAACACAAUGUUCAACUUUGGAUAAAAAAUUGUAAUUUCCAAAGGACACAAAGGACUUAACGUACGAUUUCAUCAACAGAAGAUUUUUUAAAUCAACUUCAUGAGUUGAAACAAACAUUUUACAUAUACAAAGAAACCAUCGUGAGUUUAGGAAGAUGUUACCUGGCUAUUUACGUUUCAUUUCAGAUGCACGCGGUAGAUGAAUUUUUGUAACGGAAACCGCAGUUCCUGGAUUCUUCGUUUUCUUCCGUCAAACCGUUAUGCAUCGGUGAAACAACGGCAAUCUGGAUACUUUCUUUGUGAGGAAUUAUGGUUCUACUCGAAUCUACGCUAAAACGGCGAAUCAAAAGGGGGUGUCAUUUUAGUUCUUCUUUACAAUUUUUUUGAUGGCGGUAUUUGGAUUGUGGGUUACCCUGGACGGAGCACACACUUUUUGGGCAGCCGGAGAGUACAGCAGCCGUGGCCGAGAUAAUUUACAAAAGCAUUGGAGAGAAGCCGCCACUGCCGCCUGCGCCCGUCAGAGCGGCGCUAGAUCACCGGAGUCUUAGCCUGCCCCCCGCAUCGUACCACGUCCUUACUCAGGAAUGCAUCUGAACCGACCAAAGAGCGCCUUCAUCAACUGCUCUCCUCCCGUGUCUCCCACUGACCAGGCUGGAUCCUACUCCCAUCAGUUCAAAACCAUGCGCUUCUCUUACCACAUCCGAGGGGGUAUGCCGAGCCCCCAGCAGUCGCUACGCAGGUCAGGCUCUACCUCCAGCCCAAGGGUUCUAACCAAGAGCCUUUCCCUGGAGCCAGGCCCCUGUGCAGGAGGAAGGGAAACCCCACAUCGCCUGUGCUCGGACCCCGGACCCUUCAGCCCCGAGGACUGUAACGGGACAAGUGAGAAGCCAGCGCCAAAGCCGAAACCGCUGCCUUCAGGACCCAAGCCACAGGUACCCCCGAAGCCAGCACAUCUGCAAAGUGGAAAUCGGCCAAGAGGCAACGAGCAGCACAUCCCCCCACCUCCGUCACGACCCCUGCCUGCAGACCCACGAGGGGGACGGGGUACCCUUUCCCGGCUGGACUCUGCGCCUGCACCCUCCUGUGUGCUGUCACUCAUUGAAAAGUUUGAAAGAGAGCAGAUCAUCCUGGUCCCGGACAGCAGCGGCCUCUUACCAUGUCAUCCACGAGUUCCCGAUCCCAGUCUGGAUGUGAGUUCCACGACAGAAAGUACUCCCAUCAACCCUUCAGACUGCCAAGCUGUGCAAGGUAGUGAAACAGAAGUCAUCUCUGCCUCUGCAGAUGUUCCAGAUUCGGUCAUCCAUCAGCCCCCUAAUUCCAAGAGACGCCUGUCAGCUGAAUCGGGUUAUAGCACGGCUGACAAGCUUUCGGACGCGCUGGAGAUGAAGGACUUGUUGGCGGACCAAUCUGGAUACUCUACGGACUGCUCGGAACGGCUGAGUCUACCCUCAGGGGGCCUUCUGCCUCAGACGGACAGUAAACUGGCCAACAGGGACAGUGGCAUCGACAGCAUCAGCUCGCCGUCGCACAGUGAGGAGCUGUGCUUCGCAGGAGAGGAGGACAGAGAGAGGGAGCGGGCAGCCACUCCUUUACAGAGCCUUCCAUCGGUCAGUGCUGUGGGACGUGGGCGUCCGUCAAACAGUGUCAGGGACAGGGAGCAUGAUUCUGAGGGGGACAGCGAUCUGGAAGAAGGCAGCGGAGAUGAAAGCGAAGCAACUCUGCCACCCAAAGCCGAGAGGCAGGACUCCAUUGAGUUGUCCGCUCAGCAGAAAGUGUUCAACAUUGCUAAUGAGCUGCUCCUGACAGAGAAGGCCUAUGUGGCUCGGCUCCACCUGCUGGACAAGGUGUUCUGUGCCCAGCUGAUGGAGGAGGCUCGAACUCGCAAUUCUUUCCCUGCUGAUGUUGUGAUGGGAAUCUUUUCCAACAUUUGUUCAAUCUACUGUUUCCAUCAACAGUUCUUGUUGCCAGAGCUGGAGAAGCGCAUGCAGGACUGGGAGUCAAAUCCCCGAAUUGGAGACAUUCUUCAGAAGUUGGCACCUUUCUUGAAAAUGUAUGGCGAGUAUGUGAAAAAUUUUGACCGUGCCAUGGAGCUUGUCAACUCCUGGAUAGAAAGAUCGUCACAAUUCAAAGCCAUCAUUCACAAUAUCCAGAGGGAAGCCGUUUGUGGAAAUCUAACCUUGCAGCAUCACAUGUUGGAGCCCGUGCAGAGGAUUCCACGCUAUGAAAUGCUUCUCAAGGACUACCUGAACAAGCUUCCAUCUGACUCCCCUGAUGUGAAGGAUGCUGAAAAGUCCCUGGAGCUGAUCGCAACUGCCGCUGAACAUUCCAAUGCAGCCAUUCAUAAAAUGGAGCGUAUGCACAAGCUUCUCAAAGUCUAUGAGCUACUUGGUGGAGAAGAAGACAUUGUGAAUCCCACUAAUGAGCUAAUUAAAGAAGGACACAUCUUGAAACUCUCUGCCAAGAAUGGGACUACACAGGACCGCUAUCUCAUACUGUUCAAUGACAGGCUACUGUACUGUGUUCCCAAGUUACGUCUAAUUGGUCAGAAAUUUGGUGUGCGUGCCAGGAUUGAUGUGGCAGGAAUGGAGGUUAAAGAGACAGGCAGUGCAAAUUCCUCAAAGACGUUCAUAGUGUCUGGAAAACAAAGGUCCUUGGAACUGCAGACGGGAACUGAAGAGGAGAAGAGGGACUGGAUUCAGGCUAUCCAAGCUACUAUUCAGAUGCACGUCCAGACUUUGGAAACUCUGAAAGUUCUCAACAGCUCCUUAAGAGAAGAAGACUACACUCCACCCAACUCGCCUAACACAGACCUGGGUAAAAGAGCUCCGACCCCCAUUAGAGAAAAGGAAGUGACGCUGUGUAUGAAAUGCCAAGAAUCCUUUAACUCCAUUACAAAGAGGAGGCACCACUGCAAGGCCUGUGGAUAUGUGGUUUGUGGGAAGUGCUCAGAGUUCCGGGCUCGCCUGCUCUAUGACAACAAUCGCCCUAAUCGGGUGUGCAUUGAUUGUUAUACAAUGCUACAUGGUGCCCCACCUAGCCCUGGCUGUCCUGGACAAGCCCCUCAACGGCGCAAGUCAAUUCUGGAGAAACAGGCCUCAGUGGUAGCCGAGAACAGUGUUUUGUGCAGCUACAUGCACUACAUGGAAAAGGGCAGUGGCAAAGGCUGGCAGAAAGCCUGGUUUGUUAUUCCAGAAAACGAGCCUCUUGUCCUGUACGUCUAUGGUGCCCCCCAGGACGUGAAAGCCCAGCGUAGCGUACCACUCAUCGGAUUUGAGGUAGCGUUGCCCGAUUCUUCAGACAGGCUGGACCGGCGUGGUGCCUUCAAGAUAAGCCAAAGUCACCUGACGCUGUACUUCAGUGCUGAGAGUGAGGGAUUACAGCAUCGCUGGAUGGAAGUGUUGUCCAGAGCUGGUCGAGGAGAAGAGUUUUCAGGACAUGCAUCCAUCUUGGAGGCGGAAGAAGAAGGGUUAGAGGCCGCAUCUGUAGAGGAGAAUACGUGAUCGCCCUGCACCUUGUUUCCAUGUACCUGUCAGGAAGCACAUGGUGGUGAAGGGGCUGGGAACUGCUAACCUCCGACAAAGCACAUGAAAAGGAAUUCGGUUCAAAUCGGUGAUCUAGAAACAGAGGGUCCAGUUUUCCUGUAAGCUAAAUGUCUGUGUAUGUUCUGCCUGUUUCCAACGAACAACUCAAAAGAUCUACCAGAAAUGAUUUGCAUGGGAGUGAGUAGACAGCCACAAAUUCUUCUGCUUUGGACCUCAUCACUCCUCUCUCAAAGGUGCAGCUGGCCUUUCUACCUCCUACAGUAAAUGCACAGUGACUAGUGAUCCUCCGCCAUCCUGUCUUGGCCUUCCAGACCUCAUGGACUCUCGUAAUUCACAGUCCAAUCCAUUCAGUCCAGUGAUGCUUCAUGGGGACAAUGAAACUAAGAAUUGGCCAUGUAAGCACUGCAGGAAAAUCCUCAAGGAGCCUGAUGCAGUCUUUGGCCUCGGCAUCUGUAGGUACUCUUAUCGUGCACAGCCAUUGAUCUUCAUCAUAUCCACAGGAAUACAGAGGUUUCUCUGGAUGGGCAUGAAAGAGGUCGGCAUGUGUUCCGGCUGCCCCCUCACACCGGCCGCUCUAGAUAUCUGGAAUCCAGAUGGCAUACUUUGAAAUUCAGGUACAUGGAAAUGCAGGUGGACAUUCAGAAACUCAAAUGGAAUUUCAUUUUGAACAUCCAGAGAUCCCGUCACCCAGCCUUCCAUGGUCACCCAGGGUAUUACUAUCCCAUUACCUUCUGUUUCUUGCAGAACUUUGUUAUUUUUUGUAAAUAAAGACAACAGUGGGGGUUCCAUCAUCUCUCCUGAACGAAACAAGCUGUGGUGGAGCUUGAGAGGCACAACUCCCAUGAGUCUGCUGGAGUGUCCAUUGGAGUGUCCACUCUGCCACGCCGAUCCUUGGUCGAGCCUCCCAGUGCGGCCACUGGGCCAAGUAGAAAACUCAAACUCAGUAAGGGGGGGUUUGGGGGGGUGGCAGUGGACAAAAGCCAGCUGACUUCUUUCAAAACAUACUUUCUAUCUGAAAGGAGGGAUACUCUUUUGCACUUUUUUUGUUUUUUCAAUCAGGAGUUCUUUGUUUACUUGUACAACAUAUUUAAUUUUAUUUUGACAAAGCCAUCUCCAAUUGCAGCAUUCUGAUUAACGGAAUCG